CGCCCGGAAGGGGGCGGGGUGGCGACCGCAGUGGCUUUGGCUGAGGCGCUACGGUUAAGGGAGGGGAGCAGCGUGCGUCAUUAGUCUGCGCCACUGAGGUCUCGAGACCCUGUGUUUAGAGUGGGGAGUGAGGUGUGGGGAGUUGGUCGCUUUCUGAUGAAUUCAUUGGCGUGAUAUUGCGACCCGAGAAGAAUCUGGCCCCUAGAGGCUGGUACUUGCACCCUAAAUCCCCUUCUCUGGUGGACUGACCAUUCGACGGAUUUAUCUGCUACGUGUGCACGUUCUGAGAAUAGGAGAUUGAAUUAGCUCUCAAUAAUGGGAAGAACCUACAUUGUAGAGGAGACUGUUGGCCAGUAUCUUUCAAACAUCAAUCUCCAAGGAAAGGCUUUUAUCUGUGGCCUUUUAAUAGGGCAGUGUUCUUCACAAAAGGAUUAUGUGAUUCUUGCCACUAGAACGCCACCCAAAGAGGGACAAAAGGAGAACCUCAAGCAUCCCAAAGCUAAUUUGGAUAGCUUGGAUGAAGAAUGGGCUGCAGAACAUGCCAGCCAGGUAUCCAGAAUGCUACCAGGAGGACUUCUCGUUCUUGGAGUAUUUAUUAUUACAGCUUCAGAACUGCCAAAUGAUUUUCAAAAUACCCUGCGCAGAGUAAGUCUGAUAUAUCAGAAAUUUUUAAUAAGAUCAGAGUUGUAUUCUUUUGAUUAUCAAGAAUUGCUUAUUUCUGUGUCUUUUGGUCAUUUUGUUCUUAAUUACUAAAGAAUAGUUUGUCGAACUUAUGAUAUUCAUGAUCCAAAGAGUUCAGCAAGACCAGCAGAUUGGAAAUAUCAAAGUGGACUAUCAGCCUCAUGGCUUUCUUUAGAGUGCACAGUUCACAUUAAUAUUCACAUCCCACUUUCUACUACUUCUGUCAGCUAUACUCUGGAGAAAAAUACAAAGAAUGGACUUACACGCUGGGCCAAGCAAAUAGAAAAUGCUGUUUAUUUGAUUAAUGGGCAAGUUAAAAAUGAAGAUUGUGACCUAUUAGAAGGACAGAAAAAAUCUUCUAGAGGAAACACUCAAGCAAGUAGUCAUUCUUUUGAUGUCAGAGUGCUAACACAAUUGCUCCUGAAUCCAGACCACAGAUCCACAGCCACAGUACAGAUCUGCAGUGGUUCUGUGAACCUUAAGGGUGCUGUGAAAUGCAGAGCUUAUGUUCACAGCAAUAAACCCAAGGUUAAAGAUGCUGUGCAGGCAGUGAAGAGAGAUAUAUUGAAUACAGUUGCUGAUCGUUGUGAAAUACUAUUUGAGGAUAUGCUUUUGAAUGAAAUUCCAGAAAAAAAAGAUUCUGGAAAAGAGUUCUACAUUCUCCCUCACCGAGUUUUUGUCCCCAUUCCUGGAUCUGCUGUAAUGUUAUGUGAUUAUAAAUUUGGCGAUGAGACAGCUAAAGAAAUCAGAGACCAUUUUAUAGAGAUGUUAGAUCAUAUGAUUCAAAUAGAAAAUUUGGAAGUUGCAGAGGAAAUAGACACAGCUUGUGUAAAGUCCUCUAUGAAUAUCGAAGCUUCAUUUGACAGCACAGAUGAUGAACAACCAUUUAAAACAAUAGUAUUGAAAAUUCAGCAAAACAUAGGUGUGAUUGCAGCAUUUGCAGUUACAGUCCUUGCUGCAGGUAUUUCCUUUCAUUACUUCAGUGACUAGAGUGAAACACAGAGCUUCCUGGUUAUCCAGAGAACACUGACCAACAAAUAUGAAUAAUAAAGAUAUAAACAAUCCAUCUGCAUUGACGACAAGUAGAAGCCAGAUCUGCUGCUAUAAUGCCUAUUAGGUGUGUUUCUAACUAAAAUGAAAUCACCAACUGCCUUGUUUAGCCCUGCUUGUAUUGUGUAUGUUGUCCAUGUUUCCAAAAAUAAACUUCUACAUCCAGAUGGAA